GGAUGUAAACAUGGCGGCAGGCAGUAGGGUACGAAGUUUGUAUGAUUUAGCAACUUCUACAACAGUUAGGAAUUGUGAUUUAUUCAAGUUGGAGUAUCGCUCAUUACCAAAUGCCGUUCAGUGUGAUAUAUAUCGAACGCUCUUCGACACAAGGAAGAUGGAGGUUUUGGUAUCCGAACUAAGUGAGUUGGAUGUCGUUUCAAAGGCUUUAAAAGCUGGAGACACGAGGGUCAAGCUUUAUGCAGUAUUCCAAGGUUUGAAAGAAGAAGGAUUUGACUUAUCAAAAGUCCUUUCAGCAGAGUUUAUCAGGAGGUGUCAAAAGGCAUUAAAUGCAGAAGAAAUAUCAGAUCAACAUCUCAUUCAAAAACUGUUAAAAACAGGGAUGUCACUUGGUGGUUUCCUAUCAGAGGCUGGAUGGUAUGACGAUGCAGAGAAGGUAUUGGCUGUUAGUCACAAGCUGUGUAACACCAGAGAACCAAAUGAAUGUAGAAUAGCUUGCAAAUUUCUCACAAGACUGCUCCAUCUUAGAACUGCAAAUUGUAAAUUUGGCUCAGCAAAAGAUACCUUUAGAGAAGCCAUGGAAAUGACAAGUAAGAUAGCUGGCAAAAAUGAGCUGGACAUUAACUUGGCAGUUCUUUAUGGAGAAAAAUGUGGCCUGCUUUUUUCACUCAGUGAUUAUGAAGAGGCAUACAAAUACAGCAUGAAGGCCUUACAGAAGAUUUGUCCUGGAUUGCCUUUAAAGGCUGUAGUUGAUAUUCUAAGAAAUGCAUCCAAGGCUUGUGUAGUGAAGCGAAAAUUCAAGAAAGCAGAACUUUUGAUAAAGCAGGCCAUGUUUUUAGCUAAGCAGCAUUUUGGAUGUGAUCACCCAAAGUAUGCUGAUACAUUAAUUGAUUAUGGAUAUUAUCUCCUCAAUGUAGAUGCUAUAAAUCUUUCUGUCAAAGUAUACAAAGAAGCUUUUCGUACUAGGUUUUAUGUCUUUGGUUGCAACAACUUACAUGUAGCAACAGCACAUGAGGAUCUCAGUUAUGCUUUGUAUGUCCAUGAAUAUAGCACUGGAAACUUUGAUGAAGCUAGAGACCACGCAGAAAGAGCCAUCAGUAUUAUAACAAACCUUUUCCCAAAGGAUCAUUUACUUCUUGCUUCAUCAAAAAGAGUCAAAGCCCUUAUUCUAGAAGAAAUAGCAAUUGACACCCCAGUCAGACAGAAAGAGGAAGAAAUUUUAAAAGAAGCUCAGGAGCUUCACUUAGCUUCACUUGAUCUCGCAAGGAAAGCAUUUGGAGAAAAUAAUGUCCAAACAGCAAAACAUUAUGGCAACUUAGGACGCCUUUAUCAGUCUAUGAGAAGAUAUGAAGAAGCAGAGGCAAUGCACAAGAAAGCAAUUGAAAUUAAAGAACGAAUAUUAGGAAGCGAAGACUAUGAAGUGGCACUGUCCCUGGGUCACUUGGCGUCAUUGUACAAUUACGACAUGGAGCAAUAUGAAAGAGCUGAGCAGCUGUACUUAAGGUCAAUUGCAAUAGGAAGAAAACUGUUUGGAGAUGGAUACAGUGGUCUUGAGUAUGAUUACAGAGGACUUAUUAAUCUCUAUGAUUCUCAAGGUAACUUUGAUUUUAUGGAGAGAUAUCAUCAAACAUUGAUGGACUGGAAAGAUCUGCGGGAAAACGCAUCGGAGGCAGAGUCUGCACAUGACAAGACACCCGAUCCAUGGCCCACAGGGAAGUUUAUACAAUUUUUUCUGAAUCAGCCUGACUGACUAUACAUGGGACUUUUAGGAUAUAUCACCUUUUGUUUAGGCAUUAAUAUUUUAAAAAUCAUGUCUCUUUGGAAGGCCUAAGAAAACUUGCAAAGAUGGCAUUUGGGAUUUCAUUCAAAGUUCUCCUUACAGAAUUUUCUGAUGGAUAUACUUGCAAAUGUGUAAGAUAAAGUCAAGAUGACAAAAAUUGCAGAAAAAUUGCAUUUUGAGUGAUGUAUCUUGUGUAAAAAAAGGAUCACUAUUUAGUGAAUUAGCAUUUACUCAUAUUUUGUAUAAAAACAAAUUUAAAUUUAUGGGCCUUGAAGAUUUUUUUGGGUUGGUUGUUAGCGUUGAAAAGAAAAUAAUAUAGUGCUUUUUGGGGGGAAUUCGUGUCAAUUUAGUCACUUGAAAAUCAAUGUAAAUUUAAAACACAUGAUAGAAAAGUUAUUUUAGAAUUUACUUCUAAACUUUCACAAAUGAUUUGACAAAGUUUAAUAUAUGCCUCUUUAUAAUGAUAUAGAUAUUUUAAGACUAAGAGUGGCAGAAAUAAUCAGGGAAAACGAAGCGUGAAAGUUUAUGGUGGAAACUGGCGAAACUGUGAAGGAGAUAGAAAGGUUUUUAGAUUAGGAGAGAAGAAACCAUGAUGGAAGAUUUGUACAUGUUACUUAUUUCGCAAUUAUUCAGAGAAUGGAAUCGUUGUUUCUUUGUAUCAUAAAAAGGGUGUUAAAACGCAAUUUACCCUUGAGUGUACGAAUAAAACUAAAAGGUUAAUAAGUAUGUUAUUUGCCGCUAAAACAUUAAACACAUAGCACAUAUAAAUCUAGACCAUCUAUAAGGACGUGAACUGAAAGAAAGGAAUUAUGUAUUCUUUCUUCACAACAGAAUAUUCUCACUUAAAUCCGUAUUCUAAUUAAAUUUUCCAAGGAAAGUGUUUCUUACUCCGUGGGAAUGCAUCGUUAUCGAAACAAAUUUUCAAUUUUCGUUAAAAAAAUGGCUUGCCUCUGAAUAUUGUGCAUUUGAAAAAUUUUAGAUUUAAUCCUUGCUAAGUUUUGCACUGUUGCUGAAGAAAACGAAAUCUACAGAAACAUUUUAUUCUGAACACAGGCCUAACAAUAAAAUUAGUUGAAUGAAAAUUGAAUGGGUCUAUUUGUUAAUAGUUAUAAAAUAACCGAGUUUCGUAAAAGUUUAUCUGUAUAGUAAAUGUAUGAAGUAAAAUGCAGUAAAACUCAAGUGAGUUAUAUACACCGCAACUGAUUCUUUCCUCAGUUGCAGAUGAAUAAUACUUUGCGGCUUAACUCAGUAUUUUUUUCUUUUGUGUGUGUUUUUUUUCAGAGAAAAAUAUUUUUGAGAUUUCUGAUUACGCAUACUUUUUGUGGGAACUGAAUGAAACGAGUUUUUGUUUCAAUACUGAGCAGCACAUUAACUAUGAUCAAAUCUUGUUAAUCAUAGCAUUAAAAGAAAGACCCUUGAAACA